AUGGACGACUUUCAAUUCAUGGAUAGCUUCAAGAGAAAGCGUAUCAAAUUGACCCUCAAGACUGCGACUUUCCUUGGCAUUGUUCAGCGGAUCAACGCCAACAAAACGGUGAUUUUAGAGGACGGUAAGAUAAAAUGAAUGCACUGACUUACAUUAUCUUGAUUGAACUAUUGUUCAGUUUCACAUGCUCAUAUUUUUGCUCAAAAUCUGCACGGUAUCUGAUCACAAUCAGCUCAGCUAGUUUGCUAUGGUAGCUAACGUUAGUUAGCCAGCAGAGGCAGGUUUUCAGGAAAGCUGUGCGCAUGUGCCAGUUACUGACCUGGACCCGGUUUCCCAAAAGCAUCUUCAAUCAAUCAAAUGUAUUUAUAAAGCCAUUUUUACAACAGCAGAUGUCACAAAGUGCUUAUACAGAACCCAGCCUAAAAUCACAAAGAUUUAGAAGCACGGUGACUAGGAAAAACUCCCUAAAAAGGCAUGAACCUAGGAAGAAACCUAGAGGAACCAGGCUCUAAAGGGUGGCCUUUCUGAGUCAAAAUGCAAGACAGAUCCACUGCUAAGAUUUUUUUUUUUUUACAUGACUUAAAAAACUUAAGCCUAUGCAACAUUAAGCAAUUAAAAACAGUUCUGUAGAAAUUAGGUUUGUGCAGUAGGCUAUAGGUCCAACACAUUAUCACUGCAUAUUGGCUAUGCCUGAAUUCUUUUCAGACCAUUUUUAAAUUAUAUUUCAAAAUGUUAGGUAUAUGAUCACACUGGUAAUAUAUAAUUUGUUGUAUUACUUGUGAGGCAUGGCUGAGUGAGCAUAAUAUUAUUUUUUUACUGGACUGACUGCCUGUAUCUGAUGGCCAGUCUGAGGGGAGGGAUGGAGCAGCGGUGAGGCUGCCUCUCACCUGACUCAUAGUCCCUCCUCUCUCUCUCCCUCCGCUGAGAAAAGGGGACAGUCUUCCAGCUGAUGGCGAAACUUAAGUCGCACUGCAUUAUUUCUGCCUCAUACACCAAUUCAUGUUACUCCUAUGACCAGAAAAAGUGAAAUAUUCCUUGAUGUAAAAUACACAAGCCACAACUAAUAACAAUGCAAGCUUAUCGAAACACUUUGCUAUACUUAUUCAUUGCAACUGCAGUGCUGGUUAUAGCAUGAGUGGAAGUAGGGAGAAUGUGCAUUUUAUGGCUUAUAAAACUGUUUAACAAAGUGUUGACAGUGUUGAAUAACAACAUGAACUUAUUAAAACAGCAGCUCUUUGCUGUAUUUGUUGAGUCUCUCUCUAGUCAUGGUUUUAAAAGUGUUGAAAUCUCACAUGAUCAACUUUGCUGUGCGUUCAAGGAUUCUUUUUACAGUCUAUUGCUCGAGGAAGGUGUGCAGACACGGUGAUCUGAGCUAUCUGAUUGGCCAGCGGUAGGCCUAUAUGUGCACUUGAUUUGCUCUCUGGGCCUGCCUGGUAGGCAGAGUUUUACCUUCAGAUACAUAGGUCCCGUGUAGCUCAAUUGGUAUAGCAUGGCACUUGCAACGCCAGGGUUGUGGGUUCGUUUCCCACGGGGGGGCCAGUAUGAGAAAAAAAAAAUUAUGCACUCACUAACUGUAAGUCGCUCUGGAUAAGAGCGUCUGCUAAAUGACUUAAAUGUAAUAAAAUGGGAACACUUUGCCUACCCGGCGCUAGGGCUGCUGAAUCAAGUGCACCUACCACCAACAGCGCGUAAACGUUUGGUGAUCGACUAGGAAUGUCUUGGAGACCAGUUGGUGACCGCUGUUAUAGAGAAUGCACCAGGUCAGCACCUCAGGAGUAAAUGUCAGUGGGCUUUUCAUAGCCGAGCAUUCAGAGGUCGAGACAGCAGGUGCGGUAGAGGAAGAGAGAGGGUCGAAACAUUAGGUCCGGGACAAGGUAGCACGUCUGGUGAACAGGUCAGGGUUCCAUAGCCGCAGGCAGAACAGCAGAAACUGGAUCAGCAGCACGAUCAGGUGGAACGGGGACAGCCAGGAGUUAUCAGGCCAGGUAGUCCUGAGGCAUGGUCCUAGGGCUCAGAUUCUCCGGGAGAGAGGGAUGGAAAAUUAGAGGGAGCAUACUUAAGAUCACACAGAACACCAAGGCUAAAUGAAUUGUUAGAACCUUCAUAGCAUCAUUAAAUCUCUGAGUUGUUUCCCAAAACCAUUGUUGUUAAUGUUGCACUUGAAAACGCUCGUAAUCUAAUGCCUGCCUCAGACCACUUGUAGAACAGCUAAGAGAGUUGUCAGAUGCUUUAUACACAUCUCCGCUAAACAUAGAAUCACAUUGGUUAGCCGUCUCUCUGUGACUGCCAAUAACUUCAGAACAAAGUUUACUACAAAGUUUCUAAUGUCUUUGCAAUUGACACAAACAAGAGACGUAUAAAAAAAUAUUAUUCAAAUGAAAACCGAGAUGACUGUAUUCAAAUAUAAACAGUAGGCUAUAGGCUUAUUUCAAUCAAGCUAAUUUUCAAUCAAGUUUUAUUUUGCUACUUGUCUGUAAUUUGUCUCAAUAUAGUUAAUGAUGUGUAGCCUGAUAUGUGUGCAAUGAUGUGCCAAAUCAGUGAUUUAGAGCAUUUUUAUUGCAUUAGCAUAAGGUGCUGCAAUAUUUGCAGCCAUAGGUGGUCAAAUCUCUAUAGGAGCUGAUCCAUCAUCAGUAUUGUGAAAUAAUUGUAAUUUUAAGGAAAGAUUUGAAUGGAGAAAGCUGAUCCGAGAGCAGCAAUCCCUUUCUUUUGAUCCUCUCAGUAUCGACUCAUGCUCCAACAAUGCACUUAGUGACCAUUCUCUCUGUGGUGUUUUGGGAAACGCAUGUUACAUCUUUGGCCGUUGUAGGAAUGAUGCAUUGUAAACCCUCGUAAUCCUAAAUUCCAUCGCUAUCGGGAAACCGUCCCUGUGCUGCCAGUGUGUAUUUAUUCCAUAUAGCUAGCUAGUAUUUGACUGUUGCAUUAAAGUUAGUAAUCUGCAAUGUAUGAGUUUAAUCUUUUUCAGUUGUGGAUGUCAAGAAUGGAAGGAAAUUCCCUGGAGUGAAACUAUUCUUUGGACAUGAAAUUCUGAAUGGUAGGCGGCCUGAAUCAUGGAAACAUGCACUUUAUUUCUGUCAUUAUCACUAGCUAGCUUUACAAGUUGAAUAUAAUAAUAUCUGGUCAUCUGCUAUGUAUAACUAUUAGCUACCCUUCUAUCUUUCAGUGGAAUUUCCAAAUGUAACAAAGACUGACCGGUAUGUCCGAUAUUGACAUAAUUACAAUUAGUGAAUGGGUGAAAGAUCAUCUAACCAUGGAAUCAUUCUUUGUAUGCAUCCAUCAUAUUUUGCAAUAGUUGACUUUGCUCACGGAUGAAUUAAUGUCUCAUUAGUAUUGCAUGCAAUAAUACAAAAAAACUGACACACUGCUCUUUGGCUCAGAGAGAACUCCAGUGACCACAGACCUGAAGGUCACCUGACUGUGGCAGAGUUCCAGCCUUACAGGAAGAGUCUCAUACUGAGUGAGUUGACCUCAGUUUAAAUACUAUAUUGUACAAUUUUAGUUAAUAGAAGCCAUAGAUUUGCAUCAUUAGCUUUUCAUUAGGUAGCUUAAAUGAUCUAUGUAGCUCUACAAAUAGAUGUCUCCCAACCUCAGAUGAAGAUGAUGAGAGCCAUGUCAACUUUGUGGUCAUUGAUGAGUUCCAUGAGAAGUUUGGUCCUGCUGUAAGUACCUAACCCUCACAAUCACUGUUUCAUAUCACUUUGCCCCUGUGUGUAAGCUUCACAUUACAUAGCCUAUUGGCAUACAGAUGUGGAUAACAUUUCUGAGGAAAAUGAAUCUGUAGUGUGAGCCUAAGGAGGUGUGUGCCCUGUGUUGUGUCCUGUGGGCGUAUGGAAUGAACUCUAGUACCUUGCUUGGUCAUGACCUCUCCACAAUAGGUGAUGCUCAUCCGGAAGCAGCAGGUGAUUGGGAUAGGAGCUGACGGGGUCGGGACGUUUCAGCACGAGAGACUCUGUUGGCUACAGGUGAGAAAAGAGACAGAUCCUACCUAGGCUUUUAGAUAUGCAUUUUCUAUUUAACAUAAUCUAUUACUUUUCAUCAUUGGAAAUUUGAACUACUGAACUAUGUCCAAUCUUCUUUGUAGAUUGCCACUAAGAACACGGUGUACCUCUUUGACAUCCUGUUGCUUGGAGCCCGGGCCUUCAAGAACGGCCUGUCCAUGAUCCUGGAAAAUAGCCACAUAUUAAAGGUGAGUAAUUUAGACAGGAGAGUUUGACAUAUUAUCCCAUUUCACUUCUACCUCAUGCAAUUUCACCUCUGUCUGUAUAUGUAUGUUGUUCAGGUCACUCAUGACUGCCGGAGCCUCGCUGGAUCUCUGAUGGCUCAGUUUGGAGUAAAUCUCACCAACAUCUUUGACACACAGGUUCCGUACUGUAGAGUGUGCAGACUAAACUUUGUUGUCGUUCUAUGAAUGAAUUCUUACUGACCUGUAGGCUUCAUACCAAGUGUUGUCCUGCCUGCCUUAUCACUGCAACGUAUUCAUGUUAUUUCUCCAUAGGUGGCAGAUAUCCUGUGCUUCUACACAGAGACCGGUGGCUUCCUGCCAGACAGGGUCAGUACCCUACAGGAGGUGGUGAGCCUACAUCUGAAGAUGUCCUCGUCACAACUCUCCUCUCUCAACAUCAAGUCUCUGCUCACCAAGGUACAGAACCCUAAAGGAGGGAACAUAGCACAACAGUAUGAAUGUGAUGUUUGUGUGUGUCUGUGUCUCAGUGGGACAGAGCGCUGUUGGAAGACUAGUACUGUCUGUACUAAACCUGUAUCUGUGUAUCUUUACUAUACCUGUAGGAGGACAAAGCGGUGUGGUACGUGCGUCCCUGCCCUUUGUCCCUGCUGAAGGUCAUGGCCCUGUCGGUGAUCCACCUGCAGCCUCUGAGACUGGUGCUGCUGGAUGCCCUCAUGGCUGACUACACAGGCCUGGUGGACUCCUACCUCAGCGGUAGCCGGGAGGAACCUGUCCACAUGCAGAACGUCGGCUCGGUGAGCCACUGAGCUUCACAAACAUGACCCAACACACAACCACCCAGAUAAACAAAGUACUUACAUCCUCAAAUGUCCAGAGUCACUUACUCAUUACUGUACAUUUGACAAAUGGCAAUGUUGAGAGAAUAUUUAGUGACAUAAAACUGAAUAGAUCUCCAUGGCAGUAAUUAUCUGAGAUAUAAAUGUCCCAGUGUGUUGUGUUGAGAUGAUAUAGAAGCUCAUGGGCAGCUGUGUGUGUGUCUGUCUACAGAGCAGUGUUCUGGAGCUGCCCAGGGAGCUGCGGGCGUUGGAGCACAUGCGUCAGGUGCGCCAGAAGUGGGCCAUCGACCGUUACCCUAUCACUGAGCAGGGCCUGCUGGAGCGCUCCAACCCCAGACCCCUUCCCCCUUCACAGAAUGGCCAGAACACAGCCACCCAAAGACAACCAGACCCCCCUGUCCCCACAGCAGUGGAGCCUGUAGUCCUAGCACCAGUACCAGGGCAGGGCCCAGCAGAGACACCCCGUACCAGCAAUACCCUGUGGGCCUCUGACCUCCAUGCUAUGACCAGUGCCCUGACCCAAGAGGCUGGAGUCCUCAGGCCAGUGGCUCCAUCAGGAGCACCAGGACUCUUGGAGAUAGUGAUGGACACAAUGGCAGGCAGAGGGAGGUCCCUGUUGAAAGACCCAACGCCACCCGCCCUCCCUGUGUUCCCCUCCCUGGGAAGAGGCCUGGCUCUCCCGAUACCAGCAGCCCAGGUCCCCAAGGAGAGCCCCGGAGCCCUGAAGACCCAGGCCCCAGUGGGGAGGGUAGAGGUGCCUGUCCCCCCAGGCCCAAGACCCAGCCCAGUACAGCCAUUUGAAAACAUCCCUGGUGCAGGGAGAGGCCUCUUCAUCCAGAAACCCCAAGGUCUCACCUCUCCUCUCAGUCUCUCAUUCAGUUCAUUUAGAAAGAGCCACUUGUGAUUGUGAAGGGUUGGUUCAAAAUUACUUUUGUACAUUUUUAUUCUACAAAGACCACUAGAUGGCGGUAAAU